UUAAAACUCAAAAAAAAUGAAAAGAGAAACUGAGCAACAUCGAUUGUCAUUUAGAAAAUUUUCGCGGUGUGUUAAGUGUUUAACUGCGUGUGUUUUGAAUUAAUUUCCAAGUUUGAAUAACUAAAGGAAAAGACAAUGUUCGUCAGAAAUUUGAGGAAUGGAACUGUGAGCAAACAAACACAAUGCUUAACGAACCGCAUAUUGGGUGUUUCGUCGGCCAAUAGCACACCGACUCACAAAAAGAAAGAUGCUGGAAACAGACAUUACCACGAAGUCACCGGUGACAUUAUUUGCCCAUCGAUGGUGCAAGGAAUUGAUCACUUAAGAGAUCCACGACUAAACAAGGGACUUGCAUUUACUCUUGAAGAGCGUCAAGUGCUUGGUAUACACGGUCUGCAACCAGCCCGAUUCAAAACACAAGAAGAACAACUUGAACUAUGCAAAAUCUCAAUUAAUCGUUACCAAGAAGACCUAAACAAGUAUUUGUACCUAGUCGACUUGCAAGACCGCAACGAACGUCUGUUUUUCAAAUUAUUGUCGGAAAAUGUCGAAAUGAUGAUGCCGAUUGUGUAUACACCAACCGUCGGCUUGGCGUGCCAGAAAUUCGGAUUAAUUUAUCGCCGUCCCAGAGGAUUGUUCGUUACAAUUCAUGAUCGGGGACACGUUUACGAUGUGCUGAGGAACUGGCCGGAACCGGAUGUUCGAGCUAUUGUUGUUACCGAUGGCGAACGAAUUUUGGGUCUGGGUGAUUUGGGUGCCUGUGGUAUGGGUAUACCUGUGGGUAAACUUGCUCUCUAUACCGCAUUGGCUGGGAUUCAGCCACAUCAAUGUCUGCCGAUCAUGGUGGACGUUGGAACAAAUAACAAAGAUUUGCUCGAAGAUCCACUCUACAUUGGAUUGCGACAGAAGCGCGUUACCGGUGCCGAAUAUGAUGAGUUCAUUGACGAGUUCAUGUCCGCCAUUGUGAAACGAUAUGGCCAAAACACACUCAUUCAGUUUGAGGACUUUGGAAAUCACAAUGCUUUCCGAUUUUUAGACAAAUAUCGCGACAGUUAUUGCACCUUCAAUGACGACAUUCAGGGAACUGCUGCUGUUGCCGUUGGUGGUCUAUAUGCUUCGACACGAGUGACCGGCAAGACCUUUGCCGAACACAAAAUCAUGUUCGUCGGUGCUGGAGAAGCAGCCAUUGGUAUUGCAGAUCUGUGUUGCAAAGCCAUGGAAGCGGAUGGUAUUCCACAAGAUGAAGCUAGAGGAAAAAUUUGGAUGGCUGAUAUUGACGGCCUCUUGACUACAACACGUAAGGUGGGAGACCUGCACGGCCAUAAAAAAUUCUAUGCCAAGGACCAUCCACCUGUCAAGGAUUUGCUGGAAAUUGUCAAAGAAAUCAAACCAACCAUUUUGAUUGGAGCAUCGGCUACGCCGGGUCUCUUCACUCCACAAAUUCUACAAGAAAUGGCUGCCUGCAACGAGAGACCGAUUGUGUUCGCCCUUUCGAAUCCGACGAGUCGCGCUGAAUGUACAGCUGAAGCUGCAUUUCACAAUACCGAAGGUCGCGUUAUUUUCUCAUCUGGUUCACCGUUCCCGCCAGUCCAUUACGACGGAAAGAUAAUCAAGCCGGGCCAGGGCAACAAUGCGUACAUCUUUCCUGGAGUUGCAUUGGGAGUAAUUGCAACGUUAAUGCACCACAUUCCAGACGAUGUAUUUUUGAUUGCAGCUCGUGAACUGGCUGCAUGCGUCCAAGACGAGGAUUUGGAAAGCGGUUCGCUGUAUCCACCGCUGGAUUCGGUGCGUGAAGUUUCGCUUCGAAUUGCGGUCGGCAUUACUAAAUAUGCGUACGCUAGAGAAAACAUUUUAUUAAACGCUGAUGAAAUGCGUAAAAAAUAUCAAUUAGAGGGAAUGGCAGCUCAAGGGCUCGCCAGUACUUACCCAGAACCGGAAGAUAAACGAAAAUGGCUAGAAGGUCAACUAUACAAUUUCAACUAUGAGAGUUCAAUGCCAAUUACAUGGAAGUGGCCAACACCGACUCCGAUGAAAACUCGUGCCGUGAAACCGACCAAACUCACCGAAAAGGAAGAAACUUGUUAAACAAAAUUACGUCUGGGUUAUCAUGUGUAUUUGAAGCAGCCAGUGUGUUUUUUUUAAUUAUUAUUUUUUAAACGAAAAACUACAAUUGAAUGGCAUUUUGUAAAUCUGUGUCUUUUCUGUUGUCGUCGCGAAAUUAUGAGUUUACCACAGAGUAUUGUUUAAGGUGUAGAUUUAAAAAGAAAAUCUUCUUUUUUUGUGUUUGUUGACAAUUUACUUUCGUUUUAUUUAGCUUUAAUUUUCAAUUAUUUUUUUUAAUAAUUUUAUUAAUUUAUUAAAUUAUUUUACAGUCCAUGUUUCUGGCUAAACCAGUCGGUCAUAGUGAAUAUUAUAUAUGUAGAAAUUCGUUGAAGAAAA